UAGUGGAGCCCAGCGGCCACACUGCAUAUUUCCCGUCAGCCUCUCAGCAGACAGCCGAGCAGAGGCGAGGCAAAGGCGGAGGAGAAGACCGAGGCGAGGGAUGGCAGAGAACAAUUCCGAAGGCAGCGGCUCCGUUCACCGCCGGUGCUUGACCCACUCACCGGUGGACAGGAACGUCCCCUCCGGCGAUGGCUCGUCGAAGUGGAUUCGGCUGAACGUCGGCGGGACUUAUUUCUUAACCACCAGACAGACAUUGUGUCGCGAUCCCAAGUCGUUUCUUUACAGGCUGAGCCAAGCGGACCCGGAGCUCGAUUCCGACAAGGAUGAAACAGGUGCCUAUCUCAUCGACAGAGACCCCACUUAUUUUGGGUCGGUGCUCAACUACUUGAGACACGGCAAACUGGUGCUCAACAGGGACCUAGCAGAGGAAGGUGUACUCGAAGAAGCAGAGUUUUAUAACAUCACAUCCUUAAUAAAGCUCAUCAAGGACAAGAUCAGGGACAGAGACUGCAAGACGUCACAGGUGCCUGUGAAGCAUGUGUACAGAGUGCUGCAGUGCCAAGAAGAGGAGCUGACACAGAUGGUGUCAACCAUGUCGGACGGCUGGAAGUUUGAACAGCUGGUCAGCAUCGGCUCCUCCUACAACUACGGCAACGAAGACCAAGCUGAGUUCCUGUGUGUUGUCUCCAAGGAGCUGCACAAUCAAUCCUACGGGACAAAUAGUGAACCCAGUGAGAAGGCAAAGAUACUGCAGGAAAGAGGUUCCCGAAUGUGAAGAGGACUGAGUAUUAUGAGCUACAGGUUUUAUGAUGCAAACAUAUCAUCCUUGUGGAAGACCUAUUUGGCACAAAGGAGAUUCAAGUGUGGGAGUUGUGCAUUUAUUUGAUGUUCUCCCUUUUUUAUUUUUUAUUCCUUGGUGUAAAUACGACUGCUUACUGACAAUUUGUGCCUGUACAUUUUGAACUGGAACUUUUGAACUUGAGGCAGUUUUGUUUUUAUUAUUUUAAAUUGCUAAUUGAAAAAACAUGGCCAUCAUCAAAAUGGCCAGCGAUUCUCUCAGGGUCAUCUGUUGAGUUAAUUACAUCCUUCAACUUGCUCUGGCAAGGGAUCUGUACGGUCAAAAGUAUCACCUUCACAAAAAUAGUUUGGAUUUGUCAAGAAGGGAAUUGUGUUUAUUUAAAACCCACCCAAGAUGUUUCACAGAGUUUGUGUUAAUGAUACUACUUAGUUAUUCUGUAGCGCCAUGCAUUGUCUUCCAACAAGGCAACGUUUCGCUUUCACAGAUGCGUGUGGCCAUCACUGCACUGUGGAACGUUUAUAAGGAUAUUUGAACUUUUACUUUACAAAAAGAAAUAUUUCUGCAAAUCUCAUUUGGAGACCUCAUGUUUUACUUCUCUAUAUAAGGUAUUUCUCUUUUAUAGUCAUUUUUUAAGGAACAACCUUGAACCCGUUCUUUUCCCGACUGACAUACUUUUAUGUUCUGUUUAUUUGAGGAAACAUCUCAUUUGAUAUCAGUUUUGUGGGUGAGAGUGUUUUUGGCCUCGGAUUGUGGACUGGAACUGUUUAGGCGACGGUGAACAAAUCUCUGUUCAUAUCCAGAGAAUUUUAGCUUUCGGUGUAAAAUAAUCAAAAAACAUUAUGGAUAUUUAACUCCUUUUAAAAUGGAUGCACGUUUUGUACACUGUAUAGAAAAAACACAACUUCAAAUGAAGGUUGUUUAUACUGGAUCUACAAAAAAUUUGAAUCUUGACAAUAUUAACCUGUUUUGCAUAGUUUGUACAGGAUUUAAGAGAUUUCUGAGUGAGAUUGAACAAGUUGUCUUUUCACUGAGAACAUGCCUGGUCAUGUUUUAUUAACAAUAACAAAGCGAUACUGUGCUUUGAAGGUGACUGUUACAUUAUCAACUUAUACUUUUUCCCUCCUCCAUCCCUUCUUCUAAACAUCUUGAAUUGUGUACUGAAUACGCAGCAUUACAAGCACUACAGUGGGAACACGACACCGUGCACGUUGCUAACAGCCUGUAAUGUUAAUGUAAAUACUGCAAAACACUUUUUUUUAAGACCUAGCAAGUUUUUUUUCAGGAUUGAUGUGCAGUUUUAUUAGGUUUUAUUCACAAUGUAAUCAUUUAGUGUUGCCUUUCCCCCUUCCCUAAUGACCAAAAUCCAAUGUCUUACGUGUAGUGCACACAUUGAUAUUUAGUGUCAGGGAAGAGUAAACUUUGUACAUAUGCUAACACUCUUAAGACUUCCAUUUAUUCACACACAGUUUUAUAUUGUUGAAUGUUUAAGUAUGGAUGCAUGUUUUUUUUUUAUAUAUAGAUACACCUUUUUUCCCCUCACACAAGGGCUUUUUAAGUACAAAAAAAGAGAAAAUGAUUAUCAAAAAUGUUCAAUCAGUGCAAGUGCUAGGCCGUGUUUACAUUUGCUAUAGUAUUCUGAAGCCUUCCAAUGAUGUACUGUGUUGCACUCCCUCAUGCAUGUAAACAAUGUGUGACUGCACCUAUGGCAACGAGCACUCCACAUGAACUGAUGACACAGAUGCGCUGUCUGAGGAUACCACACUCCAUCCAUCCACUUAAGCGUUGCAGACAAUCUUGAUUUCUACCUUCUGAUGGCAGAGAUGCUCACAUUCAACAUGAUGAAACCUAACGCUGUGGCUCCUUUUUUUUUUUUUUUUUGCUAUGAGAUUAAAGCAUGUCGCCUGUUUUGAUUUGAUUGGUCCAGUAACGUCAGUGGAGAUGUUUAUAAAGCCUCAAGAUGGUUCUUACAACCUUUCACUAUCAGGUCAUGUGGUGAGCUAUUUGGCAUGCAUAAUACUUAUUUUGUGUGAUGGAACAUUUUACCAGAUCUGUAGCCAACUACUUUUAAGUGCCCGGUCUGUGUUGCAUUCAAGUCAUAUUAAGCCACAUUACCAUGAUGAUGCAUGAGGCAAGAUGAUCACAUUUGUCUGUGGAAAGGAUGCUUUGUCUUCUCCCCCUCUCAAAUUAACAGUUACAUGAGUGAAUAUUGUUUUCAUAUCACAAAAUACAUCACUACUUUACGAUCUUAUGCAAUGUGUAUAAAUUAUGACUGGUUAAGAGGAUAUCAUUGUGGUCUUGCGCAAGGUAAACCCAAUAAAAAUGUUGUCAUUCA